AUGUCUUCCAACAAGGGAUACAACAUCACCAGCUCUGGCAUGAACAGCCAGGGUAAUCACUAUUGCUCCCGCGACUACGGCUCCAGCGUCUCGAAUUCGAACAACUACCACUAUUCGAACUCAAACGGCUCUUAUUACUACUCUAACCCCAAUGGGAGCACGUACUACAACAAUGGACAGGGGGGCUCGACCUAUACUACUCCCUCGGGCUCUGGGAAGAAAUAA